AUGUGGGGAGCCUGGUUCGGUGGUAAUGGCGGGCAGAAGAGGAAAGAUGCACCCAAGAAAGCUAUACUUGAUCUGCGGCAGCAGCUCGAUAUGCUGCAGAAGAGAGAGAGACAUCUAGAGAAUCAGAUGUCGAAGCAGGACGAGAUAGCGAGGGAGAAUGUCACUACGAACAAGACUGCUGCCCGCAACGCCCUCAAACGCAAGAAGCAACACGAGCACUCCCUCGAACAAACCAACGGCCAAAUCUCCAUGCUCGAGCAGCAAAUCUACUCCAUCGAAUCCGCAAACAUCAACCAAGAAACCCUCGUCGCCAUGAAGAAUGCCGGCGCCGCGAUGAAACAAAUCCAUGGCAAGAUGACCAUGGAGGAUGUGGAUACGACGAUGGAGCAACUGCGCGAACAACACGAACUCACCCAAGAAAUCGGCAACGCCAUCACCUCGAUGCCCAUCACGGAGCCUAUCGACGAGGAUGAACUGGAGGCCGAUCUGGCGGCGCUAGAGCAGGAAAAUCUCGACGAAAAGAUGCUGGGAACGGGCACGGUACCCGUGGCGGACAGUCUGAACCGGUUGCCCAAAGCGGCGAAUGGAGAACUCAAAGGCAAAUCGAAAGCGCCGGUGGAAGAAGAGGACGAGGAGGAGGAGUUGCGGAAGCUGCAGGCUGAGAUGGCCAUGUGA